CUUGUUGCACGAGAUAUUGCUACCAAUGCUUUUCUUGUAAGCGUUGCUAUACUUUUACCUAUCUACCGUAUGCGACAACCCGAAGCCGCAAGAACAGUCUAUUUCGUCACGCCCAAACUUGCGUGAAUCUUCCCUCGCCCCAAACAGACGGUGAAUUCACAACAUAAUUUUUACCCUACUGGACCACGAAAUCUCGACCUCGAUACCAACUUAUAACUAUACACAUUGAGGCUUAUCGAAUUAUCACGAAGCGACGCGUUUAUCGGUACUAGUCGAAAGACUAUUGACCUCGGACCUCUUAUACAAUUUCUUAAGGAGACGAGAGUCGGGCGUCCCCACCCCGCCAUAAGUAGGGGGCUGUGACCUACGAAAAUGAAGCGCUUCAGCCGAGCCCUCUCGCGAGGUAAGAGUGACAGCAAGUCCUCUAAGAAGAAUAAGGACUCCAAGGAUGGCACUGCUUCACCCUCCUCUAGUGGCUCGAGAGAGACCCAGUCGCCUGUAUUGACUCCCUCUUCAUCAACCUCGACCCUAAACGAUAUCAGAAACAAGCCUCUACCCCCCAGCAAUGCUGGAACACACGGUGGUGAUCAUGGUAGUCCUGCUUUGCAGGGCCAGGCUGGUCAAGCGUCAGGCCAAGGUGCUCCCGACAGAUUUACUAGUUUGGCAUCUCAGCAGUCGCCAAAUGGUGCCGCUACUCCUUCUCGACAUGGCGGCACCCUCCCGCCAACUGUGGUCAUUAGCCCAAGUGCUCCACAUAUCCCGCCCCCUGGUGCUGCCGAGACUAUGCCCCACGACCUUGCUCCCCCUAAAGCCGGCCAGAAGUCGAUAAUGUUCGAUCGCCUCCACCAGACGCCGAAAGAUGUCCCCGAAGGCCUUCGAACACCCCGAAGACAGAACUCUUCACGAUUCGACAUAUCGACACAUCGUGAACUUGAGAAGUUACCCGGCUUCCACGAGGUACCACCUAAUCGACGACAGGAGUUAUUCAUGCAGAAGAUCGACCAGUGCAAUGUCAUCUUUGACUUUAAUGAUGCUAGUGCUGACAUGAAAUCGAAGGAGAUCAAGCGUCUGGCCCUGCAUGAAUUGCUUGAUUAUGUAGCCAAUAACCGACAGGUCAUUACAGAACCUAUGUACCCUCGAGUAGUGGAAAUGUUCGCCAAGAAUCUUUUCCGCCCAAUUCCUCCGCCUAUGAACCCUCAAGGAGAAGCAUUUGAUCCCGAGGAGGACGAGCCUGUCCUCGAAGUGGCUUGGCCCCAUAUCCAGGUUGUCUACGAAUUCUUUUUGCGAUUUAUAGAAAGCCAGGACUUUAACACGAACAUAGCUAAAGCUUACAUCGACCAUAGCUUUGUGCUGCAGCUCCUAGAGCUGUUCGACUCGGAAGACCCGCGUGAGAGAGACUUUCUCAAGACGACAUUGCACCGUAUCUAUGGGAAGUUCCUGAACUUACGUUCGUUUAUUAGACGUUCGAUCAAUAAUGUCUUCUUUCAGUUUACUUACGAGACCGAGAGGUUCAAUGGUGUUGCUGAGCUUCUUGAAAUCCUGGGAUCCAUUAUCAAUGGAUUUGCCCUGCCCCUCAAGGAAGAGCAUAAGCUCUUCUUGACUAGAGUGUUACUGCCUCUCCACAAAGUCAAGAGUCUUAGCAUGUACCACCCACAACUAGCUUACUGUAUCGUCCAAUUUCUUGAAAAGGACGCCUCCUUGACCGAGGAGGUCGUUUUAGGCCUUCUGCGUUAUUGGCCUAAAGUCAACAGCACCAAGGAAGUCAUGUACCUCAACGAGGUUGAAGAUAUUUUCGAAGUAAUGGACCCUGCAGAAUUUGCAAAGGUUCAGGAGCCUUUGUUCCACCAAUUAGCGAAGUCGGUCGCGAGUCCACAUUUCCAGGUCGCGGAACGUGCGUUGUAUUUCUGGAACAACGAGUAUUUCUGUAAUCUUGUGAGCGACAACGUGGAAAUCAUCCUUCCCAUCAUGUUUGCGCCGCUAUACGAGAACUCUAAGGGACAUUGGAAUAGGACAAUUCAUGGUAUGGUGUAUAAUGCGAUGAAGCUUUUCAUGGAGAUUAACCCGCAGCUCUUCGAUGAUUGCUCACACGAAUAUACGGAGCAGCAAAAUAAUGCUGCCGCGAGAGAAGCACUCCGUGAGAGGAAGUGGGCCGCUAUCACAGAGCAAGCUAAUAAAAGGAAAUCAAAUGGUACUACUGGAAAUGGUACCCCAGCCGCGAAGCCGUUGAACAUAUUACCACGAGUUGAAGAGGCCGAUUCGGUUACCGAGGAUAACCAGAAAAGGUUGGAUUCGCUUAAGUUGCAGGAUGCCGACCGAGGGAAUCGCCGUCCGAACGCUCACGAACGACAAAAUUCAGUGGGUUCUGCUAGAAGCCGGUGAUUUUUGGCUCUGCUUCUGCUUGCUCCACGGGCCUUUCGCAUGAAAGGUAUCCCGAUGAUCGCCUUCUCAUAAUAGACCUCAAAGGCGAUGGUGGCCUGGUUUACACAAACCCAAAAUUUCUGAUUCAAUUCGCAUUACCAUACUUUUCUUUUCAGCAACCAUAACCUUUCAGCUCGACUACUACAACACUCGAUUUUAGCCAUGCCCUUUUGCGUGAAAGAAUUCAAUUCUAAUCGCGAUUGACUGAAGCGGAUCAAAUAUUUCUGCUUAUGCCCAGAUGGUACCAUGGCUGGUCAAUAAGGUAGUUAAGGUCCCGCUG